AUGGUGGAGCUAGAGAUGAUUUUGGGGUUUGAUUGGUUAUCAAAGAAUUGGGUUUUGUUGGAUUGCUUCGAACGGACAAUUCAAUUUAUGCCGGAAGGAGAGAAUAGAGCAGUGGGAGCUACGGGGUAUUACCUGAACUCUGUAAUGGUGCAUUGUAGUGGGAAGGAGUGUCAGGGUUAUACUCUGUUGGCUGCUAAUACUUUGGGUGAUGCCCAGAACUUAGGUCAGAUUCCGGUGGUGAGAGAUUUUCCGGAGGUAUUCCCAGAAGAUAUCCCGGAGUUCCCACCUCAAAGGGAGAUUGAGUUUGCGAUUGAAAUGGUGCUGAGAGCCGGACCAAUGUCGAUUACACCGUAUAGAAUGGCUCCGAUAGAGCUGGCAUAA